AUGGAAAGUCUCAGCAAGACUCCAGAAAUGACAGAUAUACAAGGAGAGGCAUCGCUGUGUCCACAGCCAAGUUCAACCGACGAGCCUCUGAUUUCUAGGGUUAUAACCCAGCUGCCGACCCAAAAUCUCCUCACGGAGAAGCAGAUACUGACUGCAGAGCCCUUCCAACCCAUCUUUGAUGUCUUGAAGCAAAUCAAAGAGGAAGAUUCCGAGCUUGCAUGUCGGGCUGCACGUCUAGUGGCAUAUAUUCGGUGUCUGUGGGAUUCUUGUGUAUCCAAACAUACAGAUAUUCAGCAGCUCGAAGAAGAAAAUGAAAAGCUGCGGACCGGGAAUAUUCAGCUUUGCAACGAUGGAAAACAGUUGAAGCACUGCCAGGGUGAGCAAGUGGCUCGCUUGCAUGCUAUUGAUGAUGCGUUGGAUGAAGUUCGGGGAAGGCUUAUCGGCGUGCUCAAAGUUUGGAACGAACGGUCUGUUGGCGACUUGGCCUUUUUGCCGGAGGAUGGGUUUCCCCGAUGUUAG